CCACCUCAGCGGGAAUCGGAGACGCGAGCAGCUGGGUCUUUGGGAACUGAGGUAGAGGUAUAACUGUUGUCGCGGCGGAGCAAGUUAAGACGCACCUACGGCCGUCCGGGCCAGUGUUGAGUUUCCGUAGCCUGUGAAGAUGGUGUUGCUCACGAUGAUCGCCCGAGUGGCGGACGGGCUCCCGUUGGCCGCCUCGAUGCAGGAGGACGAACAGUCUGGCCGGGACCUUCAACAGUACCAGAGUCAGGCUAAGCAACUCUUUCGAAAGUUGAAUGAACAGUCCCCUACCAGAUGCACCUUGGAAGCUGGUGCCAUGACUUUUCACUACAUUAUUGAACAGGGGGUGUGUUAUUUGGUUCUGUGUGAAGCUGCCUUCCCUAAAAAGUUGGCUUUUGCCUACCUAGAAGAUUUACAUUCAGAGUUUGAUGAACAGCAUGGGAAGAAGGUGCCAACUGUGUCUAGACCCUAUUCCUUUAUUGAGUUCGAUACCUACAUUCAGAAAACCAAGAAGCUUUACAUUGACAGUCGUGCUCGGAGAAACCUAGGCUCCAUCAACACUGAAUUGCAAGAUGUGCAGAGGAUCAUGGUGGCCAAUAUUGAAGAAGUACUACAACGGGGAGAAGCACUCUCAGCAUUGGAUUCGAAGGCUAACAAUUUGUCCAGUCUGUCCAAGAAAUACCGCCAGGAUGCGAAGUACUUGAACAUGCGUUCCACUUACGCCAAACUUGCAGCAGUAGCUGUAUUUUUCAUCAUGUUAAUAGUGUAUGUGAGAUUCUGGUGGCUGUGAAGUAGUGAAUCCAGUCACUAGCAAGGAAGAACCUAGAACCCAGCAGGUGUAUGUCUUCAGGAAGCUGAGCUCACAGAGAUGCGUAUUAGAAUCCAAGUGGAACUUCUGCCUCUAAAGACCUUGCAAGGAAAGACAUGUCCUGAAAAUGAAAGAUUACGCCUCAUUUAAUGAAGCUUAGCCCUAUGUAGAAAGUGUCUUUUGGGGGCAGAGGCUUUCUCUGGGUGCUAAGCCAUAUAUGUUAGGGAACAGUAGAUUGUUUUAUUUGUUUAUUUCCCUCCCAGUGUUUUACAUUUUUAAAACAGCACUGACUGGGCAUUCUCAUCUCUAAUGGACCCGUCAGUGAGGUUUGGCUUAACCAACCUGUGCUAGCAACAGUCUGAAAUCCCUUCAGAGAAGGCAGCCCUUUGGAAAGUUUUUGGACUCUGUUUAAUCAACAUUCCGUUUGUUGGUGACACUUGUGAUUUUUCAGGAAUCUGAGUUGUUGAUGGCCUUUUAAACAAGACUCCAGUAUGUGAAGGUUAAUUGCUGUGCUGCAAGAGAUCCUGUCUAUUGGCCCCUGUAGGAAGUUAACCUUUGUUGUUUUCCAUUUAUGAUGUUUUGCUUAUUGCACAAUUGCUUUAGGGUUAAAUGAAUUAUAUUGAUGCCUUGAAAUUAUAGCACUCCGUGAUUAAGAAGCUAAAAUGUUUUCUGUCAUUUACUCCUUAAAAGACUUAAAUGUUUUGUUUGGGACAUUCUUAAUUUUAUUUUUCCGCAUCUGGUUUAUAUUAAUCUGAGAGUGAAUGUAGCAUACUGAUAGCCAGAGGCCCCUGACUUAGUGACAAAGAGAGGCCGGCUCAUGACUACAGCUUUGUCCUGCCCUUUUCUCACUUUUUCUCCACUACGAUUUUCCCCACUCUUCCUCCUGCCACAAUUUGCUAACAUUUUUUAAAUUCCUCUAUGUCCAAUAGUUUCAUGUCCCUCUCAGGAUAUCCUCAAAUUUCAAAAUGGAAAAUAUUCAGCUGCGUAGUUAAUUAAAUUGAAAUUUUUCAGAGCAACUACUCAAACUACUAAACACAUUUAUCUGAGAAAAUCUGAGAGCACCUUGUAUCUGCUUCAGUUAUGUAAUUCUCUGAGAAUAUUCCAGAAAUAGCUAACUCAUUUACAGUAGCUUCUAUUAACAAAUAAAAGUACCUAUGAUUUUUCCCUUUUUUGCUCAGGGAUAAUGGGAAUUUCCUUUUACCUUCUGAGGUAGAAUUUUUUUAAAUGGGGAGAAUAGGCCUUUUAAAUAUUGCCGCAAGGGUCUACAAUAUAACCUAUAAUUACUACACAUACUGCAAACAUUUCUUUAAAUUGUACAGGAAAAUGAGCCUACUUCUUAAAAUCUUUGGAAAGAACUUUAACCAGUAAGCAAUUUUAUAACUCAGGAUCAUCAAACCUACUGUUCUGAUUCCUGAUAGAGAGAAAAAAUUCUGUUUCUUUAAAACAAGGCAAGGAGAAAUGCUUAUUUUAUUCCUGAUAAUUUACAAAACUAGAAUAAAAUUUUUUUCUUUCCAUUUUGGACCUAUGUCUGCCAAUUGGAGUUUUGUGCAUGAAAUAAGAAGUUACUUUUUAUAGUGAAUAAGUGCUUUGAAGUCCCUAAAAGGCUUAUCCUAAGUAAUGAUAUUGGUAAUAAAAGCCUUUGAAAGGCUGAAAACCUAAGUAUUGGUACCAUAGCAUUUGGUACUUCUGUAGGAGUGGAGAAUGGCAGCUCGUUGAGAGUUGCAUGCUGCAACCAAGUAGUCAGCAAUGAAAUAAAUACUUCUAGAAUGUUCCCUUUAGUGUGAAGUUUUGUUAUCUAGUUAAUUUACGUGCACAUCUUCUUCUAUAGAUACACUUCUACCUAAACUCAGUGGGUUAAUUAAAAAAUGAGUUGGGGUGGGGGAUGAUAAACAAAGGGAUAAGAAAGUAGUUUAAGAUUAUGAUGGUAGAAAAUGAAAGAACAGGACUGUUAUAAUAUGACUGCUGCUUCUGUUCCUUAUUGGAGGACGUGGGAAGAUCUGACUAGAUGAAAUGAACCAGCAAUCAAACAGGUAUCUAAAAUAGAAUGUGAUAAAUACUGUUCAGGGUUAUCGGGGGCACAUUAAAAAAGGACACCUAAUUUACUGUGGGAAGGGGUGUGGUAAGAGAAGGAGAGUGGGAUUUCCCAGACGGAGUCAAUGGCUUGUGAAGAGUCAUGAGUUAAAAGAGUGAGGCCCAUUUGGGGGAUCAUAUAGCUUGGUUCAACUUAACUCAUAGGUUAAGUGUAGGCAACUGAGACUUGAGGAAGAAGAAGUAGACGGUACACUGUCAUGCAAGUCAUUCAGACUAUACUAACAUCAGUGGCAAGAGAUGGCAUCAGAUUUAUAACUUCAAAUGAUCAUUCUGGCCAUGCUAUAAAAGAUAUAUUAGGAAUAAGCCUGAAAGUAGGGAGAUGAAACUAAGGAGCCAUCAGAGUAGAAUGAGACAUAGACAGGUUUCAAGUUAUUUUCAAGAAAGGAAUAAUCGCACAUACUGAAAUAUUUACACAAUGCUUUCUUUGUUAGGAGCUUAUUUUAAUUCUCAUGUUGACAUUUUGAAGUAAAUACUGUUCACACCAUGUGAAUGAAGAAACUUUACUGCAGUGAGGCACAGAAGAGUUGAGUAAUUUAUCCAAAGAUGCAGAGCUAGCAAGUGACAGAGCUAAGAUUUGAGCCUAGACAGUUUGACUCCAGAGUCUGUGCUUUUCUCCACCAUACUAUACCACCAAGAGGUCAAAUCAAACAAGUACCACAAAAUGUAUUUUGAAUUUAACAAUUAGGAGCAUAAUCAUACAAGCAGAGUAAUUCCAGGGCAGUAGAGACACAAGUCAGAUUGCAGUGGGUUGAGGACUGUGUGAACCACUAGGAGGUAAAGACGUUGAACUACUCUUUAGAAGUAGCUUUUUUGGUUAUGGCGCUGAACUUCAUAACAUGUUUUAAUUAAGAAAUCUCACAAGUGUUAACAUAGCAAUAUUUGGCACAUUGUAUGUACAUCUCUUCAUUUAAAUGUCUAACUGGUUCUUAAGCUUUUUGGAAAACCUUUGAAUAUCUGGUGAAAUGUAUGUGCCUUUACCCCAGAACAAUGUUCAUGUGUACAUGUAUACCAAGUAUCACAUACUAUGUCAGGGUUUUCAAGAACUCUAUAAAGCCUGUUCAUGACCUGGUGGUCCAUGAUCCCCCAGCUAAGAACUCCAAAUAUAGAGGAUGUGGAACUCAAAGGAAAGAAUCCAGAAACCUUGAAAACUGUACAGCUGAGGUGAACUAGAAAAAUUCUACAGUUUGAACUAACUUUGUGGAUAAGAUUCAUUCUUAAAAAAUUGUGUAAAAAAAUUCUAUCAAAUAUUUUUGGAUCUUGUUCUACAGAAAAAAAAUAUUUGGUCCAGUUCCUCAAAAUCAAAAUCAAGGAUCUUAAAUUUUUUAUUUCUACUUUUAUCAGUAGGAAGUCUUGCAAAAGCAAGUUAAGAAGGCAAAUGGAUAAUCAUUUCUUCAUACAUGGUAUUUAAUAAUACAUGUAUGAGAAAACAUCUCAAUUUAAAUUCCCAUCUUAUUGGGAGUUUUCAUGACCUAAGGGCUUGAAUGUUGGUGGACACACAAUUAAGGCUUUUAGUUAGUGUAUUUAGCAGAACUGACUGAGCCCCAUCUGGUUGUCUUUUUAGCUCAGCAAAAAGGCAAAGAGCAGUGGUUGUAAAGAUGUUACUACUGUAAAUGCACAUUAACUAAUUGGACCAAAUAAAUAGCUUGCACUUUUUAAAAGUCCCCAAGAAAAAUUUGUAGCAUGUGUGACAUAGUUUGAGGUAGAAGGGGCAAAUUGAGUCUCACAUCCUAUUAAUCAUUACAGACAGCGUUGACCCAACAGUAUAAAACUAUCUUGAGCAAUUUAAUCACUCCAUUCUAAUAAAGUUUAUUUCAAGUGCU